AGUUGCAACUGUAGGUCGGUCUUAGAACGGACAGCCGUUGUAAACGCCACAGGUGUACGUAAUUAACUCCUUAAUUACAAUAUGUAUUGUAUCUCCGCAAAACAUGUAGCAACUCUAGAUUUACAUGUAUUUGUCUUUAAGAUAAUUUAAUACAAUAUCUAGAACUCCACCCUCUUCCUUUGCUUCGCUACGCUUGGAUGGAGAAACUGCGCACUUUCUGGUCGUCGUCCAAUGAAGUUCUCACUACAAAGUAACAGGAGACGGCGUUUGAGGACAUGUUUUGUACUUUUUUUCUCCCUCAUACCCUUCUGGUCUCCUCUGACAGCUGAAGGACCUCAGGGAGGAUGUCAACCAGGUCCUGCCUGCGUGGGUUCUUCCCUCUGUACCACUCACUGUGCAGGGAUCAUGCACUGUUUUUCCAGCUCUUUGGUACUUGAACCACAUGCUGUGCAGUAGCUCUUCCUGCAAGUGUCCCUUCACUCUUGUCAUCUCCUCCAACAUCUCCAGCCUGAGAAGAAAGCAUCUAUUCUCUGGCUCCACUCCACUGUGUGAAUAAUGGUCAGGAACUUUCAGUGGGAAGUACUUGAGCCGAAAGCUGGCACAAAUAUUACUAAAGGUCUGCAAUCUGCCAAAAAACAAAGAAGAAGAAGGGGUCGUGGCAGGAACAGCUCACAGGAGGAGAUUGAUCGUACUCUUCCUGCAUCCACUCUUCUUCAUAUUAGGUGCCUUUCAGCUAAAGAUUUUAAACCCCAACUCCAAAGGCCACAGCGCCCUCUUCCCUCCCUCGAAACAGCCCACAUCUGGAACUGUAGGAAGAGAGUUUCAGUACAAAGUUUUUGAGAAGGAAAAAGGUUCAAGCUGGAACAAUGUGUCCUAAGCAACAAAUUUAACCACAAAAAUCCAAUAUCCUAUUUCUGUUCCUGAAGUCUUGAUCUGGUGGCCAUGGGGUAGUUUUUGGAACUGACAUUUAGUCUGGCCAACUGGUUUCCAGAGGCUGAAUAUUUUAGCUGUAAUGUCCUUUGAAAGAGGAAGUUUCAAUUCAGAAAGAGCAGUAAAAUAAUAAGAAAACUGUGUUUUGUGAGACAGACACUAAAUAAUCGUACCACAUAAUAAUAAUAAUAUUGGAGAUUGUGUUUCUGGAACAACACAAAAACAUUUUGUGAGAGAUUUCUUUCACUGGGGACUGAUGGAGGAAAAGCCAGAAGCUCACAAUGCCUGAGAAGAUACAAAGAUGGGAGCAGAGUCAAAUUCAGUCAGAGUUUUAGCCACGAAUCAGCCAAUACAACGAAGACUGGACAAAGACCAUGCAAGAAAAUGCAGGGCAAAAUGAGUUGCAGCUGGUCUCUCAGCACCAAGGAUCUCCAAAGAAGAAAGACCAGAGGGAAAGAAAGGAAAAGUGAAGUGAGUGGAGCAGGAGCAGGAGCAGGAUUCAUGGAGAGGAGAGGAUGCUGCUCAGACCUCUGGCCUGGUCCAUGAACUCUCAAAAGGGAUUAAGGGUUUAAUGAACUGCCUAUUGGAAGUCAGACGCUUGAGCCCUAUAAGCAAUGGAGCAAGGGAGGGCGGCCGUCACAAGAGUGCUCAUGUGAGGGCGGGCCCUUCGUCUGCUAAUGGAGCUGGAAGAAUUUCAUCAGGAGGCCGGACUUCCAUAGUUUAGAUCCUUCUUCAGGAAAAAAGUGCUGGGAAAAUGCAAUUAAAGCUCAGAUGGGAUAAAGAGUUUUACUGCAGUCAUCCUUGCAUGGAGAAGAAGAAGCUUUUCAUAGAGUUUUAUGACACAAGAAGCUGCAACAAAACCGCUGUGUGUAACAGACAGGUGGUGUCAGAGGACAGGACCACUGACCAGUGACAGCGGGGGUGUCCAGGCUUCUUACAGGAGCACCUAAAGAGAAGGCCCACUCUAUACCAAAUGUAAAUGAAACAGGUGCCGUCUACUCCUGUCCCAUCACCACCGACUCCACCGACUGCACCAGAAUGGACCUUGUCAGCACAACAAACCCUUCGGAGAUGGUGGAGGGAAUGUGGCUAGGAGUGACUGUGGCCACUCAGAGGCAGCAGGAGUCCGGACGGGUGCUGGCCUGUGGGCAUCGGUACGUGAAGAUCCAGGGAGGUGCAGAGGAGCAGCGUCGGAUGAUAGGGAAGUGCUUCGUCCGGAGUAAUGAUCUGAGCUAUGAUCCAAAUGAUGAGUGGCAGACGUACAGUUAUGAAGUCUGCAACCCCAACUUUGACAUGGAGCUGGAGGGUAUGUGCAACAUGGGCAUCUCAGGCGGUAUGACGGAAACUGACGUCUACAUUGGUGCCACCGGCAGCUACCAGUGGAAAGGAAAUGUUCAUGUGACAUGGAGAGAUCCGGAUCCAGGGAAUGCCUGGGACUCAAUCAACACAAACUUUGGCCAGUUGAAAAGACGUAACAGUUACAUGGGAUACUCGGUUCUGGAAGAGAAGAAGCUCCUCAGCCGUGAUAGCUAUACAGUAGUGACGGGGGCUCCUCGGGAUGAGUCCAAGGGCUCCGUGGUGUUUGGGACAAAGUCAAACACCAACAUUGAACCAGUGUUCUUAAUCCCAGGGGAACAAGUGGGCUCUUACUUUGGAAGCAGCCUGGCUGUGACCGACCUCAACAAUGAUGACUGGAAUGACCUGAUUGUUGGUGCCCCCUUCUACUUUGACCGUAUGAAUGAUCAUGGUGGAGCCGUGUACAUCUACAUGAAUGAGAAUGGAUCUUUCCAGGAAAGCACUACAAUGGUCCUGAAGGGUCCAUCCGGCUCUGGCUUCGGCAUGGCAGUGGCUGCAAUUGGUGAUGUCAAUCAAGAUGGAUUCCAAGACUUUGCAGUUGGAGCUCCUUUCCACGAAACAGGAAAAGUCUACAUUUGGAUGGGAAGUAAAAAGGGAAUCUCAGAGACUCCCAGCCAGGUGAUCGAAGGAAAGACAGUAGGAAAUGGAGGAUUCCAGACCUUUGGCUACUCCAUCAGUGGAGGGAUGGACAUGGAUGAGAACAAUUACCCAGAUAUUUUAGUUGGUUCACUGGACGAUCGCAUUGCUCUGCUCAGAGCUCGCCCAGUCAUCCAUUUAACUAAGGAAUUCAGAGUGGAGCCUAAGAUUGUGGAUCCUAACAAUUGUAAUGAAAAUUCACCAUGCAUCACUGCCACACUGUGUUUGUCCUUCACACUAAGCAAUGGAAACAAAGACUUCAAGAAAAAUAUAACGGUGAAGUAUGUGGUGGAGGCAGACAUGGCCAGGAGGAGGAGUCCCCGAGUUCGAUUCCAGGACAGUUAUGAUGACACAUUUACUGGCCUUCUUAGCCUGCCCUCGGCCAAGUCUACAUGUCAAACGCUGAAGCUGUAUGUAGUGGCACCUGUGAUUGACAAACUGGAGCCCGUGGUCUUCUCCGUUAACAUGUCCAUACACGAACAAAAAGCUAAAUCCAGACGCUCCCUCCAGAACUUGGACUUCUUUCCAAUCGUGAGCCAGGAACAGAAACUCACUCAGAGGACUGAGAUACAUUUCCAGAAUGAGUGUGGAUCCGACAACAAAUGCAGCAGUAACCUUCAGUUGAAUGCUGAGUUUGUUGAUGAGAAAGACGAACCUUACCCUAGGCAGAGCAGAUUUCAGAUUCUUCAGUUCAACAGUAAUAAGAAAACAAUUAAGAUGAAUGUGGAGGUGACAAACUUCCCCUCCUCUGGAAAACUGGCAGAGGAUGCCCAUCAGGCCACACUGAACAUCUCCAUCCCUGAUGCACUCAGAUAUUUUGGCUUCAGGUCAUCAGGUCAGGACCAUGGUGUUGAAUGUACGUUUGAGGGUAAUGUGAUUUGUGAUCUUGGGAAUCCACUAAAAGGCAAAGAAAAGGUGUCUUUUGCUCUGAUAUUUGAGACAGCAGGUAUUGAUCUCUACACACAGGAAGUGGAGACUCUGCUGCUUCUGUCUACUCUGAGUGAACAGAGUGACCUGUAUCCUGUGCCUGUGGCCUUGUUGAUUGAAAACACCAUCCUGCCCUCCUUCUCCAUAGUUAGAUCUUUGGUCCAGACACAAUUCGGUGGGACGGUGAUGGGUAUGAUGGCCAUGGUAAACACCAGUAACGUGGGCAGUCUGGUGGAGUUCACCUUCAGUGUGAACAUGCAGGGGCAGCCUCUCGGAGACUUAGGGACCCUGGCUGUGGAGUUUGAAUGGCCUUUUGAGGUAGCCAAUGGCAAGUGGCUCCUGUACCUGACCAAGAUUGUUGUCAAAGGGGAGUCGGAGAUGGAAUGCAACCCUGUUGGAGAAGUUGUGAAUUCGCUAAAUCUCACCCUAUCAGUGAAUAAACCCAGACGCUCUCGACGUCAAACUGUGGUGCCGAGUGAUGACACAACUCAACCACAAAUCAUUGAACCACAGGCUGCAUUAUCGCUGCUCACUCCCAGAAAAGAGACGUACCUUUUGGAAUGCUCCAGAGGAACAGCAAACUGUGUGAGGUUUCGCUGCCCACUGUUGAACAUGACGAACUCAGCAACGAUUCACGUCCGCUCCCGGUUGUGGAACAGCACAAUGCUCGAGGACUAUCCCAAUGCACUGAGAGUUACUGUCAGAGGUCAGGCCACGCUGCUGCUCAUCACAGAUAAACCCACCAUCAAAAUGGAAAACCAGACUGCCUUGUUCACAGUAGAAAUAGAACCAGUUGAGGGAGUGGAAACACCCUACGAGCUCCCACUGUGGAUCAUCAUCUCAGCUGUCGUAGCAGGAGUUUUACUGCUGGGAAUCAUUAUCCUUAUAAUGUGGAAGCUUGGAUUCUUUAAACGGUCCAUUUAUUACCGGAUGAUGCCGAAGCACCAAGGGGUGAAGAUUCGCAGGGCUGAACGCUAUCAGUUCAAUCUGGGUUUUCAGCCCGAGGAGCCACAGAAAAAGUAUUGGAUCACCAACUGGACCGAGACACAGCAUUUCUACUACUGAGGCCUUCAACUCUGAGUCCUGAACCCAUCACCUGCAGUCACACUGUCACAGGCCAAUAAGAGAGCACUGGGCUCAGUAGAGCCACAUGGAUGGACCAUUGAAAAAAGUGAACUUUUUCAAUUAAUAUUAUUAAUAUUUUUAUUAGAAUAUUUGGUGCAAUAUACUGAACAUUUUCAGAGAUUGUAAUUUUGUUGAUGUUUUUUAAACAAAUGCUGUCUUGUACAGAGGGAAUUGAGGUUGCGUUUGAGAUUUGUUUGUCCUGAUUUUAUGAACUGAAGUUAUUGGAGUUUUCUCUUUUUUUUUUUUACAACAAAUUUAUUCUGUCUGCCUGUUAGGGUCCCCACACUGGUCAUCAUGAAUGACCAGUGUGGGUACACACCGGUCAUCGUGACCUUUUUUUUUUCAACUGCUCUUACUACACAGAGGUCAUAAUCUGUUGUGGUAUGUGUGAAAAUGUGAAAAUGUGGUUGUGAAUGUUCACAGCUGUGUUUGACAGACUACAUUACAGGGGAAUCACUGUUUGUAUUUAAUCCACCUGUAAAACACAACAAGCACAAAACUGGAGUUGAAAUAGUUCCUUCCUGGUAUUUCAUUGGCUGACCAUUUCUAGGGAUUCCUGAAAAGAAAAAAAGGAAGACACAACGCAUCAGACACACAAGAGUUAAAGUGUCUGCUCAGCACAACACGGCCCUGCUAGUGCUGGGUUUCAAACCUGGCAGUUCACCAAUUACGAGCCUGACCUUUCAUGGCCUGUCCAAUGAAAAAACUGGGUUAAGAAAAGUGGGAGAAGAAAGUUACCUAUAUCUGAUAAACAAACACCCACAAGAACCUCUUCUAAGGCUAUAUUUUAGUUGUUUUUUUUUAUGCAACAAUAUAUUUACCUUCAAACAACAAACCUAUUGGAAGCCUUGGACAUUUGUACUGUCCUUUGACAUAUCCCUGGUUUCAAGGAUAGACUACAAAGUACAAAAAUGCAGUACAAUUGGGCAAUGGGCUUUUUUAUUUCCCAGCUGGACAUGUUUUAUUUGUCCUCAUUAAAUUUUCCCCUGCAACAAUUUGACCAACAAUAGAAUUCUGUUUGUAUAUUAAAUGAUUCUAUAGCGCAGUUUGUAAAAACAUGCUGUUUCUUUCGUUUCACACUAAAAAUAUGUAUCUACCUGGAUUAUGUUAAAUGUAUCACAUUCAGGGAGUCACAACACUGGAUGUCCAAAGACUUGAUAUUGUAAGCUUCUGUGUAUUCUCACCGUGCAUUAUGGAUGAAUUAAUGUUGAAUUUUGAUGUUGGAUGUUUGAUGUUGUUCUGUCCCUAAGCUGCGACAGUACAGACACUUGGAUUAUUUCAGAGCCGUCAUGGCUGAUCAGCAGCACUGAUGACAAACUGGAUAGAGAAAAGCCAGUGAACCAUCUCUGAAGUGUUGCAUUACCCUUCGUGCCCAUGCUACCUGAGAGCCAACACUUCCCCCGUUGUUGACUGUGCCUUCACUGAGGCUCCAUUGACUCUGUGAGUAAGGAAGGGAGGGGCUGAAACCUCUGCACCGACUCUGUUCACUGUGGUGAUGUUGAGGCUAUUUUGUAAAAUGUGCAGUUUUGAUGUCAUUAAAUUGUUUUCACAUG